AUGUUGCGUAAAAAAUUACUUCCAUCAAAAAUGGGCCUUUGUGCGUCCGGCAUGAGCUCGGAAGAGCGGGAAGCCAUGGAACGAAGUAAAGCCUUAGAUAAACAAUUAAAAGAAGAUGCGGAACGAGCGGCCAAAGAUGUUAAAUUACUACUGCUCGGUGCUGGUGAAUCUGGUAAAUCAACAAUCUUAAAACAAAUGAAAAUUAUUCAUAUGGAUGGAUAUUCCAAAGAAGAUUUCGAACAAUACCGUGAAGUUGUUUAUUCAAACACGAUUCAAUCUUUAGCGACAAUUAUUCGUGCCAUGGAAACAUUAAAUAUUCAAUUUGGUUCGACUGAUCGGGAACGAGACGCCGCCAUGGUUUUGGAUAAAAUAUCUCGUAUGGCCGAUACGGAACCGUUUGAAAGUGAAUUACUUGAUGCAAUGAAGAAAUUAUGGAAUGACAAUGGUGUUCAAACGUGUUUUAAUCGUUCAAAUGAAUAUCAAUUGAAUGAUUCAGCGAAAUAUUUCUUGGAUAAACUAGAUGAAAUCGGUUCACCGAAUUAUUUACCAAGUACACAAGAUAUUCUUCGUACUCGAGUUAAAACAACUGGUAUUGUUGAAAUUAAUUUCACUUUCAAAGAUUUGAACUUUCGAGUAUUUGAUGUCGGUGGUCAACGAUCUGAACGAAAGAAAUGGAUUCAUUGUUUCGAAGAUGUCACAGCAAUUAUCUUUAUUGUGGCUCUGAGUGAAUAUGAUCAAGUUCUUGUCGAAGAUGAAACAACUAAUCGUAUGCACGAAUCUCUUCGUCUAUUCGAUUCAAUUUGUAAUAACAAAUGGUUUGUUAACACCUCAAUCAUUCUCUUUUUGAAUAAAAAAGAUUUAUUUGCUGAAAAAAUCCCUCGAUCAAGUCUGGUAAAAUGUUUCCCUGAAUAUCAAGGCAAAGAUGAAUAUACUGAAGCGAGCGAAUAUAUUCAAGCUCAAUUUGUUGCACAAAACAAGAGCGAACAAAAAGAGAUUUAUUGUCAUUUAACCUGUGCCACAGAUACUCAGAACGUGCAAUUUGUCUUUGAUGCUGUUACUGAUGUUAUCAUAACGAAUAAUCUUCGUGCCAGUGGACUUUAUUAA